AUAAGUGCAGCUGAAAGGCAAGCCAGAAAAACAGUGCAGGGGAAAGACUAAACAAACGAAGCGAGACGAAUUGCGAAAUAAAGUUUCGAGCAACGUUAGUCUGCGUGAGAUAUUUGGAGUUUUCGUCCAGUGUCGAGCACAACCGCAGCACCAUCCGUGACAGCCAGCGGCGCGAUUAAGUAGAGGCAAGAUGUUCGGAAUAAUCAAAAACUCCAUUUUCGGAGGAACCGAGGAAACCAAAUACGAUGUUCUCAGUAACGAGACCAAGGAAGAGGGCACCUAUGAGAUCCGGAGGUACAAAGCCGCUCGUUACGCCACCUUGACCAGCGAGGGCAAGCCCUUCGACCAGUCUACAGGGGAGUGCAUGAAGCAGAUGCUUCUGUAUGUUGGGGGUAACAAUGACAAAGGAGAAGGAAUGGGAAUGACUGCACCUGUUUGCAUAACGGUCUCUCCCAAAGACGACGGCACACUGCAGGAUCGCGUUGUCGUUGGGCUACGCCUUCCCGAACGUUACCAGGAGAAUCCUCCUACCCCAACUGACAGUAGCAUCCAGUUCGAAGAUCGAGCGGCCUUGACUGUAUACGUGACGAGGUUUGGAGGGUACGCACAUGAGAAAGAGUACUGCACAGAGGCUGCCCGCUUGACCCAAAUGCUCGGUGAGGGCACCACCUUCCAGAAGGACAAGUACUUCUGCUGCGGUUACGACCCCCCGGUGAAACCCUAUGGCAGACGUAACGAGGUGUGGUUCAUAAAGGAGGAGCACUGAGGCGGCGGCAUUGGGCCACUAUAAAUAAGAUUUAUUAGACUGGAAAAGGUCCUUGAUUACACCCCAACUGUAAGUCAAAGUUCAACUAAAUAAUCUGCCUGUAUAAAUGGAUGUCAUUAUAAGAUCAAUAUGUAAAUUGCUGUGAAGUUUAGCACUUGUUCUGCUGGAACUAAUAACCUCUUAUUGCUGCAAAUUAUUAAACAAAAUCCUCAUCAGUGUAGUUCACCCUUGACUGGGGUUUUGGUAUUGCUUAAAUUACAAUGGAAUAAGUCACCCUCUUUGACAGAUUUGGAGUGAUAAUGUAAAGGGAAUGUAAAUGAUGUGCGUAAAGGAAUCUGAAAUGUGUAGCCAUGAUUAUCAUACCAAUAUUUUAGGGAAAAAAAUGUAAGGUUAAAUAUUUGUAUUAAGUUGAUUGCAGAAUGUACUUUAUUACUCUUCCGUAUUAAAAAACUUUUAAUGCAGUGACA